CAGAGAUAAAUCCAAGAUUUCAUUUGUAAGAUGGAGAGCCUGUCAGACUCCGCUGUGACAUUACCUAGCACUCCAGAGGCCUGUGCCAUUCCACCAUCUCCCCGUACAAAUAGUUCAAGACAACCUAUGAGUGCAGCACUUAGAGAGCGAUUAAGAAAAACAAGGUCAUCAUUUAAUUCCUGUUACGGUGUGGUAAAACGUCUUAAAAUAGAGAAUGAUGAAGGUGAUCAGAUGUUUUCAGAGAAGGCAGUAUCUUCAGCAGAAGAAAGCUGCUUGGAAUUUCAAGAAAGUUAUAAACACACAGACAGUGGAUUUGGAGAAAGUACAUAUUUGAAAAAUACCUUCAAGGAUAUCAGUACAUGUGAAUGUAAAUCACUUGAUACUGGGUCAUGCAGUGCUCUCCAAAAUGACUUUGUCAAUGAGAAUCUUCCCAAACAAGGAUUAAAGGAAGAAAAAGCAAAAUUGGUGAAGCAGGUUCAGGAGAAAGAAGACUUCCUUCGGAGGCUAAAACUAGCCAAAAUGUAUAGAUCAAAGAAUGACCUGUCUCAGUUACAGUUGCUGAUAAAGAAGUGGAGAAACUGUAGCCAGCUGUUGCUUUAUGAGUUGCAGUCAGCUAUGUCAGAGAACAAGAAACUAAGCCUUACUGAGUUGAUAGACCACUAUGAAUUAGAUGAUAAAUUGCUACACUAUAACAGAAGUGAAGAAGAAUUUGUAGAUGCUUAAUUCAUGAUUUUUUUUCCACCUUUGAGAGUGAUAACUUAAUUAAAAGAUGCUUA